GGGGCUCAAGGUCUGUGAGCAACCCCGGGACUCACCGUGUGCGAACAGUUCCGCUGCGAGCUCGAGAUGCAGUCGCUCCCCUCUGCGCUCCGCCGUGCCCUGCUGGCCCGCCCCUGGAGGGACCCCGGGCUGUGGUGGAAGCACACGUCGUCCUCCCCAAAGGUGGCCAACGAGCCGGUCUUGGCAUUCACGCGGGGCAGCCCGGAGCGAGAUGCGCUACAAAAGGCCUUGAAGGACCUGAAGGGCCGGACGGAAGCCAUUCCAUGUGUGGUGGGGGACGAAGAGGUGUGGACGUCAGAUGUGCGGUACCAGGUGUCGCCCUUCAACCAUGGACACAAGGUGGCCAAGUUCUGCUAUGCAGAUAAGGGUGUACUCAACAAAGCCAUUGAGGCUGCGUUGGCCGCCAGGAAAGAGUGGGACCUGAAGCCCGUCGCAGACCGGGCCCAGAUCUUCCUGAAGGCAGCAGACAUGCUCAGCGGGCCGCGCCGGGCAGAGGUCCUUGCCAAGACCAUGGUGGGACAGGGAAAGACGGUGAUCCAGGCAGAGAUCGACGCGGCGGCUGAGCUCAUCGACUUCUUCCGGUUCAAUGCCAAGUUUGCCAUGGAGCUAGAGGGCCAGCAGCCCCUCAGCGUGCCACCCAGCACCAACAGCGUCGUGUACCGGGGACUGGAGGGCUUCGUGGCGGCCAUCUCCCCCUUUAACUUCACAGCGAUCGGCGGCAACCUGGCUGGGGCGCCGGCUUUGAUGGGCAAUGUGGUCCUGUGGAAGCCCAGUGACACCGCCAUGCUGGCCAGCUAUGCCGUCUACCGCAUCCUCCGGGAGGCGGGCCUGCCCCCCAACAUCAUCCAGUUUGUGCCAGCUGAUGGGCCCACGUUUGGCGACACGGUCACCAGCUCGGAGCACCUCUGCGGUAUCAACUUCACAGGCAGCGUGCCCACCUUCAAACACCUGUGGAAGCAGGUGGCCCAGAACCUGGACCGGUUCCGCACUUUCCCGCGCCUGGCCGGAGAGUGUGGCGGGAAGAACUUCCACUUCGUGCACCGCUCUGCCGAUGUGGACAGCGUGGUGAGCGGGACCCUGCGCUCGGCCUUCGAGUACGGCGGCCAGAAGUGCUCGGCCUGCUCCCGCCUCUACGUGCCCAGGUCGCUGUGGCCGCAGAUCAAAGGGCGGCUGCUGGAGGAACACAGCAGGAUCAAAGUGGGCAACCCGGCAGAGGAUUUUGGGACCUUCUUCUCAGCCGUGAUUGAUGCCAAGUCCUUCAGCCGCAUCAAGAAAUGGCUGGAGCACGCCCGCUCCUCCCCCAGCCUCAGCAUCCUGGCGGGGGGCAAGUGUGACGACUCCGUGGGCUACUUUGUGGAGCCCUGCAUCGUUGAGAGCCAGGACCCUCAGGAGCCCAUCAUGAAGGAAGAGAUCUUCGGGCCUGUGCUGACCGUCUAUGUCUACCCAGACGAAGGGUACAAGGAGACGCUGCGGCUGGUCGACAGCACCACCCGCUAUGGCCUCACGGGGGCAGUGUUCGCCAAGGAUAAGGAUGUUGUUCAGGAGGCCACAACGUUGCUGAGAAACACAGCCGGCAACUUCUACAUCAACGACAAGUCCACUGGCUCAGUGGUGGGCCAGCAGCCCUUUGGGGGGGCCCGAGCCUCUGGAACCAAUGACAAGCCAGGGGGGCCUCACUACGUGCUGCGGUGGACGUCGCCCCAGGUCAUCAAGGAGACCCACGAGCCCCUGGGGGAUUGGCGCUACGCCUACAUGCAGUGAGCCCCACCCGGUGCCUCUGCUGUGUGUCCACCUGUCUGUCGGGACAACCCACCUCAGAGGCCUCGCCCCGCUCCGGCCCCUUUGACCUGCUCCCCGUGGGACUGCCCCCCUUGCCCCGACUGGGCUUUAUCCUGGCCUGUCCCACACCCCUCAGGGGCAGGUGCCAGCUCUGAUUUGAGACCUGCUGGAGGGGAAUGGGGCUGCUGCCCCUUCUCUCAUGGCUGCCCUG